AGCAGGGGUAAUAGGCGCAACGGCGGCGGAGGCUGCAGGGACGACGACGACGGCGGGGCGGGCGCUGUGCGCACAGGGGAGGGGUAGGCGGGCGUCGCCAGCGGCUUCAACUGCGGCAGCUACGGCUAGGGCGACGGAAGAACUCCCACCAGUCGGCGGUCGAGUUAGGCCUCAGCGCCGCCGGGAGCUGUUCGUGCUGUCCUCUGCGGGAGAUCUCCAUAGAGACCGUGACAUACACAGAGGCGGGGGUCCGCAGAGGCGGCCGGACCGGAGCCUCCUCGGCCUCUGCGGCCGCCACCCCCUUCCCCGCUGCCAGCACUCACUCUCUCUCCGCUCCUGCUCGCAACCUCGCGGUUCCUGGGGUGCUUGUGCCCACUGUGUGGACAGCGCGGGCGGACUUUUGGGCCGGGGCCGGGCGGCGGGGGGGGCUCUCUAAGGCCUCCGCCUCUGCCUCUCCCGCCCCCUUACCCGCCCCGGAGCGGGAAGCGGCGGAGGCUCCGCCAUGGCCUCGGGAGCCGGAGGAGUCGGAGGGGGCGGUGGCGGCAAGAUCCGGACUCGGCGUUGCCACCAGGGGCCAAUUAAGCCUUACCAGCAGGGGCGACAACAGCAUCAGGGCAUUCUUAGCAGGGUUACAGAAUCUGUUAAGAAUAUUGUGCCAGGGUGGCUACAAAGAUACUUCAACAAGAAUGAAGAUGUAUGCAGCUGUUCAACAGACACAAGCGAGGUUCCACGCUGGCCAGAAAAUAAAGAGGACCAUCUGAUAUAUGCUGAUGAGGAGAGCUCUAAUAUUACUGAUGGGAGAAUCACACCUGAGCCAGCAGUCAGUAAUACAGAAGAACCUUCAACAACUAGUACUGCUUCAAAUUAUCCAGAUGUGUUAACAAGGCCUUCUCUUCAUCGGAGCCAUCUGAAUUUUUCCAUGUUGGAAUCCCCUGCAUUACACUGUCAGCCAUCUACAUCCUCGGCAUUCCCAAUUGGCAGUUCAGGAUUUUCCCUUGUAAAGGAAAUUAAAGAUUCUACCUCUCAGCAUGAUGAUGAUAACAUCUCAACUACCAGUGGUUUUUCUUCAAGAGCUUCUGAUAAAGAUAUAACUGUCUCAAAGAACACUUCAUUGCCACCUCUGUGGUCCCCAGAAGCUGAACGUUCUCACUCACUCUCACAGCACACUGCCACCAGCUCAAAAAAGCCAGCAUUCAACUUGUCUGCCUUUGGAACACUUUCCCCUUCACUUGGGAAUUCUUCAAUCCUUAAAACCAGUCAGCUUGGAGAUUCUCCUUUUUAUCCUGGAAAAACAACAUACGGUGGGGCAGCAGCUGCUGUAAGACAGUCUAAACUACGAAAUACACCUUAUCAGGCACCAGUUAGAAGACAAAUGAAAGCUAAGCAACUCAGUGCACAAUCUUACGGUGUGACCAGUUCAACAGCUCGGCGAAUAUUGCAGUCUUUAGAGAAGAUGUCAAGCCCUUUAGCGGAUGCAAAAAGAAUUCCAUCCAUUGUUUCUUCUCCUCUGAAUUCUGUGGAUUCUCAAUAUCCUCCUGUUCAGAGACUUAUGACCCCAAAGCCAGUUUCCAUAGCAACAAAUCGAAGUGUUUAUUUUAAACCAUCUCUGACUCCUUCUGGUGAAUUCAGGAAGACUAAUCAAAGAAUAGAUAAAAAGUGCAGUACUGGAUAUGAAAAAAAUAUGACACCCGGACAAAAUAGAGAACAACGAGAAAGUGGCUUUUCAUAUCCAAAUUUCAGUUUGCCUGCAGCCAAUGGUUUAUCUUCUGGAGUAGGUGGUGGAGGUGGCAAGAUGAGACGAGAAAGAACACGCUUUGUUGCUUCUAAACCUCUGGAGGAGGAGGAAAUGGAAGUUCCAGUAUUACCGAAAAUCUCUCUACCGAUCACCAGUUCUUCACUGCCUACCUUUAAUUUUAGUUCCCCUGAGAUCACAACUUCCUCUCCAUCACCCAUCAAUUCGUCUCAAUCAUUAACAAACAAGGUACAAAUGACCUCUCCGAGCAGCACUGGCAGUCCCAUGUUUAAAUUUUCAUCUCCAAUCGUAAAAUCUACUGAGGCAAAUGUACUACCUCCAUCAUCUAUUGGAUUUACAUUUAGUGUGCCUGUUGCAAAAACAGCAGAACUUUCUGGUUCUAGUAGUACUUUAGAACCAAUUAUAAGUAGUUCAGCUCAUCAUGUCACUGCAGUGAACAGUACAAAUUGUAAGAAGACACCACCUGAAGAUUGUGAGGGUCCUUUUAGACCUGCAGAAAUCCUGAAAGAAGGAAGUGUUCUAGAUAUUCUGAAAAGCCCUGGUUUCGCAUCACCGAAGAUAGAUUCUGUUGCUGCUCAGCCCACCGCAACAAGCCCAGUAGUUUAUACAAGACCAGCAAUAAGUAGCUUUUCUUCUAGUGGAACUGGGUUUGGGGAGAGUUUAAAAGCUGGGUCAUCAUGGCAGUGUGAUACAUGUCUACUCCAGAACAAAGUUACAGACAACAAAUGCAUAGCCUGUCAAGCAGCAAAAUUGUCACCUAGAGAUACUGCUAAACAGACUGGAAUUGAAACACCAAAUAAAAGUGGCAAAACAACUCUUUCUGCAUCAGGGACAGGCUUUGGAGACAAAUUUAAACCAGUGAUAGGCACUUGGGAUUGUGAUACCUGUUUAGUGCAAAAUAAACCUGAAGCAAUAAAAUGUGUAGCCUGUGAAACACCGAAACCUGGAACUUGUGUGAAGCGAGCCCUUACAUUGACAGUGGUUUCGGAAAGUGCUGAGACUAUGACUGCUUCAUCUUCCAGCUGCACUGUAACCACUGGUACCUUAGGAUUUGGAGAUAAAUUCAAAAGGCCCAUUGGAUCUUGGGAGUGUUCAGUAUGCUGUGUUUCUAAUAAUGCAGAAGACAAUAAGUGUGUGUCCUGUAUGUCUGAGAAACCAGGAAAUUCAGUACCUACUUCAAGUAGCAGCACUGUACCUGUCUCUCUGCCUUCUGGAGGCUCUCUAGGAUUGGAAAAGUUCAAGAAACCCGAGGGAAGCUGGGACUGUGAAUUGUGCCUAGUGCAGAAUAAGGCAGACUCUACCAAAUGUUUGGCAUGUGAAAGUGCAAAGCCAGGCACAAAAUCUGGGUUUAAAGGCUUUGACACAUCUUCCUCAUCUUCGAACUCAGCAGCCUCCUCAUCCUUCAAAUUUGGUGUCUCAUCCUCCUCUUCUGGGCCUUCUCAGACUUUAACAAGCACUGGAAAUUUUAAAUUUGGAGAUCAGGGAGGAUUCAAAAUAGGUGUGUCAUCUGAUUCUGGGUCUAUAAACCCCAUGAGUGAAGGCUUUAAAUUUUCUAAACCAAUAGGAGAUUUUAAAUUUGGAGUUUCAUCUGAAUCUAAGCCCGAAGAAGUUAAAAAAGAUAGUAAGAAUGAUAAUUUUAAGUUUGGACUUUCUUCUGGUUUAAGCAACCCAGUUUCUUUAACUCCAUUUCAAUUUGGGGUAUCUAAUCUUGGACAGGAAGAAAAGAAAGAGGAACUGCCCAAAUCUUCCUCUACAGGUUUUAGCUUUGGUACAGGUGUUAUUAACUCCACCCCUGCUCCUGCUAACACCAUAGCGACCUCUGAGAACAAGAGCAGCUUCAACUUUGGAACCAUAGAAACCAAGAGUGCUUCAGUGGCUCCUUUCACAUGUAAGACAUCAGAAGCUAAAAAAGAAGAAAUGCCUGCCACCAAAGGAGGAUUCUCUUUUGGCAACGUGGAGCCUGCCUCUCUGCCAUCUGCCUCAGUGUUUGUUUUGGGAAGGACAGAAGAGAAACAGCAAGAGCCUGUCACUUCUACUUCCCUAGUUUUUGGGAAGAAAGCUGACAAUGAAGAGCCAAAGUGUCAACCAGUGUUUUCCUUUGGGAAUUCAGAGCAAACCAAAGAUGAGAAUUCUUCAAAGUCCACAUUUAGUUUUAGUAUGACAAAACCAUCUGAGAAGGAAUCUGAACAGCCAGCAAAAGCCACUUUUGCCUUUGGAGCUCAAACUAGUACUACAGCUGAUCAAGGUGCAGCAAAGCCAGCUUUUAGUUUCUUGAACAACAGUUCCUCUAGUUCAAGUACACCAGCCACUUCUGCUGGUGGUGGCAUAUUUGGUAGUUCCACCUCUUCCUCCAAUCCACCUGUGGCUACCUUUGUGUUUGGACAGUCCAGCAAUCCUGUGAACAGCUCUGCCUUUGGUAACGCUGCUGAAUCCAGCACCUGUCAGUCUUUGCUAUUUUCUCAAGAUAGCAAACUAGCAACCACAUCCAGCACAGGUACAGCUGUCACCCCAUUUGUCUUUGGUCCAGGAGCCAGCAGUAAUAAUACUACCACCUCUGGUUUCGGCUUUGGAGCCACAACCACAUCUAGCUCUGCAGGAUCCUCCUUUGUAUUUGGAACUGGACCCUCAGCACCAUCUGCCAGUCCAGCAUUUGGUGCUAACCAGACCCCAACAUUUGGACAAAGUCAAGGUGCCAGCCAGCCCAAUCCCCCAGGCUUUGGAUCUAUAUCAUCUUCCACAGCAUUAUUUCCCACUGGUUCUCAGCCUGCACCACCUACUUUUGGGACAGUGUCAAGCAGUAGCCAGCCCCCUGUGUUUGGACAGCAACCUAGUCAGUCUGCAUUUGGCUCUGGAACAACUCCUAAUUCUAGUUCGGUUUUCCAGUUUGGCAGCAGCACUACAAAUUUCAACUUCACAAACAAUAAUCCACCAGGAGUGUUCACAUUUGGUGCAAAUUCUAGCACACCUGCAGCCUCAGCCCAGCCUUCAGGCUCGGGGGGCUUUUCAUUUAACCAGUCUCCAGCAGCAUUUACAGUGGGGUCAAAUGGGAAAAAUGUGUUCUCUUCUUCUGGAACUUCAUUCUCUGGUCGCAAGAUAAAGACUGCUGUUAGACGCAGGAAAUAAAGGUCACAUUGGUGUUGUACUCAAUUUUAACAACAGCUGGUGCCCUGCUUUCAGAUACUGGAUUGUACUUUGUGCUGGGGUUAUCUGAAGUCAGAUCUGCCUAAGGACUUCUUUAAUUUUGGAAUUUUCCUCCUUUCUCUUUCGUUACAGAAGCCCCACCCUGCCUCACCCACCCUUUUUUAAAUAAAUAAAUAGCUAGACUGGUGACUGAUUCUUCAGCAAAAAUAUUUUAUGAUCCAGCAGAUUAUUCACUGAUUUGACAUAGUCUGGCUGUACCCAGGAAUGGAGCCUGCACGGUGAAUGGCUUUGUAUAGAACCUCUUUGUCUACACCAUUAUGUGCGCUGAUAAGCGUUUAUGGAACGCGUUGAAAUUGUAAUUAUAUCUGAGGAAUUCUGUAUAGAUUAGAAUUCUGUAUAGAUUAGAGAGUGUUGAAACGGAUGAUUUCUAUGCUGAGUUUGUGCUGGUGUAUGUGUGAAGUGAGUGCGUUGGGUGUAUUGUGCACUAAACUUUUCUGAUAGAGGAAGCCUGAUUAAAGAAUGGUCCGUGCUAAGGACUUGUUAGAUCUAGUUCACUCUCCAUUUAAUAAUAAUAUGCUAUUUCUAUAUUUUCAUUCUCCUAUCACCUGUCUUGCCUUUUUCAUUAUUUUAUUAUGAAACUUGUGUAAAUACAAUUUUGUUUCUGUACUUUUUGGCAUAACAUAAAUCUGUGAACUUGAAAUUUGAAUUUUGUGUUAGAGAUUUUUUUGUUGUUUGUUUAGUCUUGUCUCAGAUUUUAUUAUGUAAAUCCCAUUAUUCAAAGUUGCCUAAAUCCAUUUGGAAAUCUUUAAAAAAAAAUUGGGGAUUCUUAAAGUUGAAUUUAUUGGCUUUUCUGAUCCAGUUUUGUUUGGACCAAAAACCAGUAUUGUACAAAGUAUUAAGCAUAUAUUUUUAUAUUUACUAAAAUGGACUGUGGUGACUUUGGAUAAUAAGGAAAAGUUUAAUAUUAAAGCCAUGUUUAUUACAGUAUAAUUAACAUGUUAAACCAUGGGAUAAAUGCCAUCAAUAAAAAAUUAUGACAUA